ACCGCCUCUGCUUCUAAAACCUCUCGACGGCCGAGGGGGCGCUGCCGCGCGAAGAAGAACCAGAAGCCGAAGAAACACGUUCCUCUGUUGCACUACUGAAUUCAAGUUUUUUCCGAUCUGAAGUUCUUCAAGUUUCGAUAAGCUCGAAGAUUCUGAUCUUCUUCCAUGGCGACGCCUUCUCACGCCCAAGCUGUCAAGUCCCUCAACAAGUCCGCCGGUCGCCGGCGUUUUGUCUUCCAGACAUUUUCCCAGAGAGUACAAGAUAUUGACAUUGAUGUGUACAGAAGCCUCGAUAAAGUAAAGUCUGAGCCAUCUGAGGGAUCCUGCUUUUUUCGGGACUGCCUCAUUGAAUGGAGGGAAUUAAAUACUGCAGAGGAUUUUAUUUCUUGUUAUGAGGAAAUCAUUCCAGUAGUACAAACAUUACCUCUAGUGAUACUGCACAAGGAGUCCAUAUUCUCAAACCUUAUUUCCAGAGUACAGAUGAAAGCAAGGCUCUCUCUUGAGCCUAUAUUGAGGUUGAUUGCAGCUCUAUCUAGAGAUCUGUUGGAGGAUUUUUUGCCAUUCUUGCCUCGAUUAACUGAUGCAUUAAUGUCCCUCCUAGAAGGUGGUGCAGCUAGGGAGCCCGAAAUUAUUGAGCAGAUUUUUACAUCUUGGUCGUAUAUAAUGAUGCACUUGCAAAAAUACCUUACACGAAAUCUUGUCCAUUUGCUCAAGAUUACUGUGUCAUUAAGACAUUACUGCAAAGAUUACAUUCAAGAUUUCAUGGCCGAGGCGACAUCAUUCUUGCUAAGGAAUGCACCAGUUGAUCAACUAAAAAAUGGACUUAAACAGAUAAUAUUGGAAGUUGUUAAGAAACCUUUAGCUACAAGAAAAUAUGGUGCUAGUGCUCUGCUAUUUUACACUAUGAGAGGGACCUUAUCUAGGUUUCAUUCAAGAGCAGAGCUGGUGUUUCGCUUCCUGAUCAGUGGUCCAACGUUUGACAUUGGCCUCGAGUCCAGCCAAGGUUCAGACGCCAUUUUAGAAGUGAUCAAGUGUGUGUGUGAGAGAUUAUGUGAAGAAAUGGAUCCCAAGGAAUUGGAUAUGAUAUGGAAAUGCUUGUUUGAGGAAAUAACAGAUGCCGUUUCUAAUGAUUACGUGCUUCAUUUAACUCACCUGUUAAUGCUGCUUGCUUCAGCAGUUCAGAAUGUUAAUUGGAAAAAAAAUUCUGACUACAAACCGAUGCUUGAUCUUGUAGACAGACUUCUGAUGAAGUUUAUCACAACUCCAAGCCUAACAAUGGAGGAUGAUUUAUCCAAAAUCAUUGAUACGAUUUUGAAAUUAAUGCUGGUUAUUCUGGAUGGUCUCCAAAGUUCUGAGGACUCUUUAUCCAUUUCUGAUUGUUCGUUGCAUUGGACUCCUAUAUUUCAAUUGAAGAACAGUAGUAUAUUGACUUUUAUACGAGAAGUAUUGCAGAAGGACACUGGUGUACUAUGUGCAUUCAGAACUAACAUUUUAAGAACAAUGAAUGAGUUGAUAGAAUCUUCACCUGAAGAAGUUAUUUAUCUUUUGCUUUCCCUCUGCGAGAGAUUACCAACAGACGUGUUAUGUGCAUCCGAAGUAGAAGUUGCAAGGAUUUAUAAUCUUUUCCUAAAGAUACUCGGUCACUGGAUAAAAGAGAUCUCCGAUUUCAUGCAAGGCAGUUCGUCAUCCACUGAUAUUAAUGAAUCUGAGUUGGCUAUUUUUUGGGGUGUUAUUCAUUGUUAUCCAUAUAUUAAAAAAUUUCAAGCCAAUCCAUCCUUACUAGUGGACUUGAUUGAUGAACUUGAUCGUCUUUUUACAGUUGAAGGCAACAUAUUUGGUGUUCCAAAAAGAACGUGGGAAAGCUUAAUUGGUGCAACUAUAGGUUCUUACCUGAAGUUGCUCUCUAGUGAGAAGGAUGGGCAUGAAGAAUCAAGCAGAUUUGUAUACCUUGCCAAAAGAUAUAGCUCAUGUUCACAAGUGUUGUUAGCUGUAGCUGAUUAUUUGGAUUUUGUUCAUGGGCCAGCACUGGAAUUUGACAUUAGCAGAAGAAUUUAUCCCGAAGAGCUUCAAGCAGAUAAGCUUGAGGAUGCUGUACUAGUGUUAGCAGAUAAUUUGCGUCACUCAGAUAAGGGGAUUCGUAUAUCUACUCUAAGAAUAUUGUGUCACCAUGAGCCUUUGCGGUCUGCUAUCAUUACAAAGGACCCUUCAAGUGAUAAUGAGAUGGAAAUUGAAAACUCAGAAUCACCUUCUGGUGAUUUGCUGGGUAGUGAGGUUCUUCGGCUACUCCUCUCGAUUGAGUCAACUCCUACCUCGAUAUCUACCAGCAGAAAGAUUAUAUUAUUAAUUUCUAGAGUGCAAAUGGCCCUGUUGGCUGAAAGAAUACCUGGGGCUUACUUAUCUGUUGUUAUAAAUGGGAUUAUUGGCAUUUUUCAUAAUCGAUUUAGCCAUAUUUGGGAUCAAGCAUCUGAAUGUCUUGCCUCUUUAAUCAGAAGACACUCGAGAAUUGUGUGGGAUAAAUUAAUCUGUUAUUUUCAGCAGUGGAUAUUUCUACUUGAUCAACCAGACGGAGAGAUUGCUGAAUCGUCUGAUGAACAAAAUGAUCUAGUCAGAUGUUUCCAAUCAUUUGUUUCUCCUUCAUCGAAUAGUACACCGCUCUUUACUUUGCUAACCUUGGUGCUCCAAUCGUUACAAAAAAUUCCAACUAUUGUUGAAUCUCAGUCUCGACAGAUUUUGCCUCUGUUCUUAACAUUUCUGGGCUACAACUCCGAUCAUAUGGAGAGUGUGGAUUCAUUUAAACAAUAUACGUGUAAAAGCAAGGAGUGGAAAUGUGUGCUCAAGGAGUGGUUAAACUUGCUGAUAAGAACCCGUAACCUGAAGUCUUUUUAUAAGAAUGACUUUCUUAAAGAAGUUUUGGAGAGAAGGCUUUUGGAUGAUAACGAUGCUGAAAUUCAAAGCAAGGUCCUCGAUUGCCUCUUAAUCUGGAAAGAUGAUUUCUUGAUCCCAUAUGAUCAACAUCUAAAAAGCUUGAUCUCCCCCAAGACUUUAAGAGAAGAACUUACAAGGUGGAGCUUGUCCAGAGAAAAAAAUCAAAUUGAUGAACGACACAGACCUUAUCUUGUACCAUUAGUUACUCGCUUAUUGAUGCCGAAAGUCAGGAAAUUGAAGGUUCUUGGUUCUCGCAAGCAAGCCAGUGUGAAUCUUCGAAAAGCCAUCCUUCUGUUCUUUGCGCAACUUGAUGCAAAAGAACUCCCACUUUUCUUUGCUCUGUUAUUGAAGCCCUUGAAUAUUAUCCCGAGGGAAGAUGAUGCAACUGCUAACUGGUUUUGUAACUCACAUUCGGCUUCUAUGAUGUUCUCAGCAACUAACGUAAUGAAGUACUUCUCAGAAGAAAGUAUAGAAGCAUUGUCAUGGAAGAAGAAAUUUGGUUUUCUGCAUGUUAUUGAAGAAGUUCUUGCAGUUUUUGGUGAAAUUCUUGUUAGUCCAUUUCUCAAUAUAAUAAUGGGUUGUGUUGUUCGAAUAUUGGGAAGUUGCGCAUCGAGUCUUCAUGCAGCAAGGAGAAAUGAAAAUGAUAAUAUGUGUGACAAGGUUUCUCUUGAGGCUACAGCCUCUAGCCUGUCUAGCACAGCCGUGAAGCAGUACAAAGAUUUAAGGUCUUUAUGUCUCAGAGUCAUUUCUGUUGUUCUUUACAAAUAUGAGGAUUAUGAUUUUGAAAGUGAAUUCUGGGACCUAUUUUUUAUGUCUGUUAAAUCUUCAAUCGAAAGUUUCAAGCAUGAGGGCUCAAGUAGUGAAAAGCCCAGUUCACUUUUCUCUUGCUUUCUCGCCAUGAGUAGAAGCCACAGACUUGUUCCAUUGUUGGCUAGGGAAGGGAAUCUUGUUCCUGAUAUUUUCUCAAUCCUCACCAUCUCAACAGCAACUCAAUCGAUUAUAUCAUUUGUUCUAAAGUUUAUUGAAAACCUGUUGACUUAUGAUGCUGAGUCAGAUGGGCAUGAAGGCGCUGUGAGAAGCGUUCUACUUCCAAAUCUUGAUUCACUUAUCCAAAACUUGCAUGUUCUUUUCCAAAGUGGAGAUGCGAAAAAGAGGAAGCUGGUAGAACACCACAAUGGACCAAUGAUAAGAAUUUUCAAAUUAGUCUCGAAGCUUAUAAGGGAUCAAUUGCAUGCUAAGAAGUUCAUAGAAAUCAUACUGCCAUACUUAACUCAGACUAGUCUUAGUUCUGAAUCUCAUGCUGAUACUCUGCAAGUGAUUCAAAAUGUGGUCCCCAUUCUAGGGAGUGAGAGUACGACAAAAAUCUUGAAAGCAGUUUCUCCAUUACUGAUUUCUGUUGAACAGGAUUUACGUUUGCUUAUAUGCGAUCUUAUAAAAGCUCUUGCAGAAGUUGAUUCUUCAAUCAUCUGCGUGGCUCAAAUCAUUCAUGGUUUGAAUGCAACCUCUGCUAUGGAAAUUGGUGGCCUGGAUUUUGACACGAUUGUUAAUAGUUAUGAAAAAAUUAAUGUGGAUUUCUUCUGUGCUWCUCCAGAGGAACAUGCAUUAAUUGUUCUAUCACAGUGCGUGCAUGAUAUGUCAUCUGAAGAACUAAUCCUAAGGCAUAGUGCUUAUAGAUCUUUGCUCUCCUUUGUUGAAUUUUCUUCUUCAAUUCUUUGUCAAGGAGGGAUAGGUCACCAUGAAUCGGUUGAUAAUAUGACAUUAUCAGAAAAUAGUUGUUGGUCAAAAGUUAGCAUCAUGCGCAUAACAAAAAAAUUUAUCUUGAAGCAUAUGGGAGGAGCAAUGAACAGAGAGACCUCUGUUAAAAAGGAAUGGAUAAAUCUAUUGCGAGAAAUGGUGUUGAAAUUUCCUGAUGUAGCAAAUUUAAGUUCACUGAAGGCUUUAUACAGCAAAGAUGCUGAAGUUGAUUUUUUCAGUAACAUUACCCACUUACAGAAACUUAGAAGAGCAAAGGCACUGAUUCGCUUCAAAAAUACUAUUUCGGCUCUCAACAUGCCUGAGGUUAUCAUGAAGAAUGUGUUUGUGCCGCUUUUUUUCAAUAUGCUGUUUGAUUUACCAGAGGGAAAAGCAGAGAAUAUCAGAGUUGCUUGUAUAGAGGCGCUUGCUUCAAUUUCUGGCAGAAUGGAAUGGAAGUCAUAUUUUUCUCUAUUAAGGAGAUGCUUUCGAGACCUUACUAAACACCCAGAUAAGAAAAAGGUUUUGUUGCGCUUGAUAUGUUCUAUUUUGGACAACUUCCAUUUUCACAAGAAUAUUUCAGAAGUUGGGUCAACACACCUAUGUGACAGCAUGGCUGUGACCAGCGACAUGCAAGAAUGCCUUGGUAAAGACGUGUUUCCAAAGAUACAAAAACUUAUGAACUCUCAGUCAGAAAAAGUAGAUAUUUAUGUUCAUCUUGCUGCUCUAAAGGUGUUAAAAUUACUUCCAGAAGAUAUUAUGGAUUCACAACUUUUGAGCGUCAUCCAGCAUAUUGUGAACUUUUUGAAGAAUCGUUUAGAAAGUGUUCGUGAUGAAGCUAGAUCUGCUCUGGCUGCUAGUUUGAAGGAGCUUGGAUCUGAAUACUUGCAGGUUAUUGUUAGGGUUUUGAGAGGAUCACUAAAACGUGGAUAUGAGCUGCAUGUGUUAGGGUAUACACUCAAUUUUAUAUUGUCAAAAUUUCUUACUGAUCCAGCUUUUGGGAAGAUAGAUUAUCUUUUGGAAGAUCUCAUUUCUGUUGUUGAGAAAGACAUCUUUGGAGAAGUUGCGGAGGAAAAAGAGGUUGAAAAGUUGGCCUCGAAAAUGAAAGAGACAAGGAAACAGAAGUCCUUCGAUACAUUGAAAUUGAUAGCUCAAAGCGCAACAUUUAAAAGCCAAGCACUUAAGCUUCUUAGACCUGUUACAGAUCAUAUGAAAAAGCAUCUCACACCAAAAGUUAAAGCCAAAUUGGAAAAUAUGCUAACCAGCAUAGCUACUGGUUUCGAAUGCAACCCAUCUGUCAAUGAAACUGAUCUUUUAAUCUUCAUAUAUGGACUCGUUGAAGAUGGCAUCAAAGGUGAAAAUGGACAGGGUGAAGGCUCAUCGUUGGUAGAUGCAAACAAACAUUCUAAAGAUGUUUCCAGAGGAAGGAAUUUAUCAUGUCAAACAAUAGUUGCAAAGUCCCCCUGUUCACACCUUAUUAUGGUGUUCGCACUUAAGCUACUGCAGGGGUACAUGAAGAAGAUGCAACUUGGGAAAGGAAAUGAUCAGUUGUUAUCAAUGCUUGACCCUUUUGUUGCCCUGUUCGGAAACUGCUUGACUUCUAAAUAUGAGGAUGUUUUAUCAUUAACUCUUAGAUGUCUCACUCCAUUGCUGAGAUUGCCUUUGCCAUCUGUCAAAUCCCAAGCUGACAAAAUUAAGGGAGUAGUGUUACAUAUUGCCCAUAGUUCAAUGGAUCCCUGCAAUCCAUUAGUAGAAUCAUGUUUGAGGUUAUUAACUGUGCUUCUGCGGAAUGAAAAAGUUACACUUUCCACAGAUCAGCUACAUUUAUUAAUUCAAUUUCCACUGUUUGUCGAUAUUGACAAGAAUCCAUCUUUUAUUGCCCUCUCACUUCUAAAGGCAAUUGUUAGUCGCAAGCUUGUUGUUCCUGAGAUAUAUGAUCUUGCUAUUCGAGUAGCUGAAUUGAUGGUGACGAGUCAAGUUGAACCAAUUCGGAAGAAAUGCAGCAAAAUUUUACUACAAUUUCUGCUUGAUUAUCGUCUUUCAGAAAAGCGUUUGCAGCAACAUUUUGAUUUUUUGCUCUCAAAUUUAAGGUAUGAACAUUCAACAGGAAGAGAAGCUGUCCUGGAGAUGCUUUACACAAUUGUGGUUAAAUUUCCAAAAAGUGUUGUGGAUAGUAUUUCUCAGACAUUGUUUGUUCAUUUGGUGGCAUGCUUGGCUAAUGAUCAGGAUAACAAUGUUCGGUCUAUGACUGGUGCUGUAAUUAAGCGGCUAAUAGGCUGCAUAAGUUCAGGUCCUCUCCAUUCUAUACUUGAUUACAGUUUAUCUUGGUACGUGGGAGGAAAGCAACAACUAUUGAGUGCUGCAGCACAGGUGUUGGGAUUAUUAGUUGAAGCUUUAAAGAUAGGUUUUGAAAGACAUAUAAAAACUGUGUUGCCAGUUGCCAGAGGCAUUUUGCAAUCUGUUGUUGAUGUUACCAAUAAUGAGAAGCUAGACAUUUCUGCAGAAACUACCAUUACCUUUUGGAAAGAGGCUUAUUAUUCGUUAGUGAUGCUAGAUAAGAUGAUGCACCAAUUCCCUGAGUUAUUCUUUGAGAGGGGUUUUGAGGAUAUCUGGGAAAUGAUUUGUCACCUGCUUUUGCACCCACAUAUGUGGAUCCGUAGUAUCUCAAAUCGCCUGAUAGCCUCAUAUUUCACUACUGUGAUUGAGAAUAGCAGAAGAACUUCAGAAGGAUCGCUUGGAGCUUAUUCUCUUAUGAAACCAAGUAGACUCUUCUUAAUUGCUACUUCGCUUUGCUGCCAGUUGAAGUCGGAGCUUACAGAUAAAGAUGCUGAUUUGAUUGUCCAAACUCUUGUUUUUGCUAUCUGUGGUUUGCAUUCUGUAAUUGGAAAGUUGGAGAAUGCUAAUUCCUGUUCGUUCUGGUCUACGCUCGAACAACCUGAACAAAAGCUUUUUCUCAAAGCAUUCCAGUUGCUGGAUUCAGGAAAAGGAAAAAGCAUGCUUUUACCUCGUAUGACUGGUGUAUUUGACCAGAAUGAUGCCUCUCCUGAGCAGAUCCAUCACCUUCUUGUCUCAAAUUUGCUCAAGCAGAUGGGAAAGGUUGCUCUUCAAACAGAUACUAUCCAGAUGAAAGUAGCUUUCAAUGUUUUCUGCAAUAUAUCAUCGCAAAUUGGUGUAGAAGAUUGCGAACGUUAUGCUUUUGAAAUUUUGUUGCCUUUAUAUAGAGUCCGUGAAGGAUUUUCUGGAAAAUUGAUCCCAGAUUCAAUGGUACAAUUGGCACAAGAAGUUUGUGAUAAAAUACAGAACUGUUUGGGAAUUCAGAAAUUUGUACAGGUGUAUAGCCAGAUCAAGAAGAAUCUCAAGGCCAAAAGGGAUAAGAGGAAGCUAGAAGAGAAGCGCAUGGCCGUCAUAAAUCCCAUGCGAAAUGCGAAAAGGAAAAUACGGAUUGCUGAAAAACAACGUGCCAGCAAGAGAAGGAAGAUAGCGACUAUGAGAAUGUCGAGACGGAUGUUGUAGACUAGAUGUAGCAAAAAUAUCCAUUGUCGUCGCUUUAUACUAACAGAUACAUCGGUUAAGAUUUCAGGACGUCGGAAAUCAAGCUUUUGGAACUCACAGGAGGACACAAAUUGAACUUCCUAGAGUACUGACGACAUGUGAACUGUCAGUCAUGGACGCAGUCCCGAACUGGGAGGAGGAUUUGUCUCAAUUAAUGAUCAGAUGAUCAAACAUUGUUGAAGCUAUCUGAUCAAUGGAGGUUUCAAGUUGCAAGAGGCAGAAUUUUCAAGAUAUCCACAGGGGAGUGUGGCUCUGUCGUUCCAAUUUUGGUAUAUUGAUUUGCUGUAAGCAAUUUUGGUCGUUCAGUGUAUAAAUUAUUUAAUUUUAUCUAAUUAUAUUAGGAAUAUGGAGUGCCAUUUACUUUAUUGUGGACAAGAAAAUUAGGUUUAAACUGAAAGAUUUUGAAAUUUAGAGGGGGAAGUUAUACAAAUUUUGAAGAAAAUCAAGGGUUAGGUAGCAAAGUGAAAUUUAAAAACUGUGAAUUGUAGGCUUGUAGCUAAAAGAUGAGUAUUGUAUAAUAGAUUAUUUUUGGAAUUAUUCAA